AUGAAGUUCAACUACAGGUUCUCGAACCUCUUGGGCACGGUCUACCGCAAAGGAAACGUGCUGUUCACAAAAGAUGGUAAUACAGUGAUCUCGCCGGUGGGAAAUCGGAUAACAUUUUUCGAUCUACGGAAUGCGAAAGCUGAAACUCUACCUAUCGAGGCCGAUCACAACUUUAGCACGUUGGCACUGAGCCCCUCAGGUUCGAUAUUGGUCGCCGUGACGGAACGAGGGGAGUUCUACAUGAUCAGUUUGACGUCGAGGAAAGUGAUCCAUCGACGGAACUUCAUGAAACCAAUACGAGCGGUAAAGUUCUCGCCGGAUGGCAAGCAUUUCGCAAUGACCAAGGAGAACAAAAUUUUCAUCUUCAAAACACCUGGACGAACCACGGGAGCGUACGACGCGUUUCUCAUCGAACGUGUCUAUCACUGUUUCGUCGACGACACAACGUGUGUCGACUGGAGUUCGGACUCGAGGUUUAUCGCGGUAGGAUCGCGUGACCUCACGGCGAAGAUCAUCCCUAUCGCCAGAGUGAAACACUUCAAAAUCAACACCUUCACAUCCCACAGCGACGAGAUCGUAGGCGUCUUCUUCGCUGAAAACAGCUUGGAUUGUUACACGAUUUCGAGAAACAACGUCCUGUGUGUCUGGCAGUGCAGCUUGGAACUGAAUGAAGUGCAAGCCGAAGAUCAGAACGCGAUGGAAGAAGACGAGGCCCAGGAGGAAUUUUAUUACCGACGAGAAGCAAAACACUUUCUAAAAGAUCUGGUGAAAACCGAGGAAUACAUCACGGUCACGAGCGCGUGUUUCAACCCUCAGACCAAAUACGCGGCCAUCGGCUUCAGCAACGGAUCCUUCGUAUUACUCGAGCUGCCAGACUUCAUUGUAAUCCAGUCGCUGUCUCUAGACGAUCACAACCUCUCCGCGAUUCAAUUCAACCUCACGGGCGAUUGGUUGGCCCUGGGGAGCGCCACGAAAGGUCAACUCGUCAUCUACGAGUGGCAAUCGGAGAGCUUCGUUUUGAAACAGCAGGGACACACCAACAACAUGACGUGUCUCGAUUUCUCCCCGUCCGGACAGCACGUCGUUACCGGAGGCGAUGACGGAAAAGUGAAGCUGUGGAAUUUAUCGACUGGUUUCUGCUUCGUCACAUUCUCCGAUCACACCAGCGGCGUGUCCGCCGUGAAAUUCACUCAAAACGGGAAAGCCGUUCUGAGCGCAUCGUACGAUGGCACGGUCCGGGCUACCGAUGUCAAGCGGUAUCGGAACUUCAAAACUUUUGUUUCGCCGGAGCCGACCCAAUUCGUCUCGCUCUGCGUGGACCCCUCAGGUGAAGUUGUGUGCGCCGGAAGCCAAGACACGUUCGAAAUUUUCGUUUGGAGUAUGCAGACGGGAAAAUUGGUGGAGAUACUCGCAGGGCACGAGGCACCCGUGAGCUCCGUGGUAUUCUCGCCGAGUGCGCCUCUGCUGAUAAGCUCGAGCUGGGACAAAACAGUCAAGAUAUGGCAGAUGUUCACGGCCAAGGGUACAAGGGAGACCAUACAAAUGGGCUCAGAUUGUCUAGCGGUUGAGGUGCGUCCCGACGGCCGAGAACUGGCGGUUUCGACCCUAGACGGAAAUAUAACCAUUUUCGAUGUCGACACUACGAGCCAGGUGCAUUGCAUCGAGGGGCGUUACGAUUUGCACACCGGACGACGCGAGAAUGAUCUUGUGACGGCGAAACGGUUACAGAAAGUUCAGGCUUUCACCACGCUCUGCUACACAGCAGACGGAGAAUGCAUUCUCGCGGCAGGUCGCUCGAAGGUUGUCUGCAUUUAUCAUGUGUCCGAACAGGUGCUUCUAAAGCGAUUCGAGAUUACGUGUAAUCUCUCACUGGACGGUCUAUCUGACACUAUAGAUCGCAAGAAGAUCUCGGAGUUCGGCAACUUGAAUUUGGUCGAGCUGCGCGACGAUCCGUCAGAAGAAGUGAAAAUGCAUCUACCGGGGAGCAAAAAGCUGGAUCAUUCCUCCAGGUCCUACAGACCGGAGGUUCGAGUCUCCGCCGUGCGUUUCGCGCCGACGGGUCGCGCGUUUUCAGCGGUCACCACAGAGGGUCUCCUGGUGUACUCGUUGGACUCGGGCCUGGCCUUCGACCCUUAUGACCUGGAACUCGACAUAACUCCCGAGAAAAUUCGUGCUGCCGCGAAUUCUGGUAAUUUCGGUGAGGCUCUUGUUCUCGCCUUUCGUUUGAAUGAAGCUGAUCUUCUGAAGGAGGUUUUCGAGAGGAUCCCGGUGAGCAAUGCGGAACUGAUCUCCAGCCAGCUCCCUCAGAUCUACGUUGAGAAGCUCUUAGCUUUCUUGGCCUCAGGUUUGGAAUCCACGAGGCAUAUCGAAUUAUACAUGAGAUGGGUUCGGGCCGCUCUGAUCAGUCACGGCGAGAGUCUCAAGGACCGAAGUCCUCGCAUAAUUGCGUUGCUCAAAAGCCUCCAGAAGAAUAUAAUCCUCCGGCACAAGGACUUGCACAAGGUCUGUGAGCAAACUCGGCACUCGAUCCGAUACGUUAACGAGGUUAAUUCGAACCUGAAGAAAGCGAAAACUCAGAAGGAGAAAGAAGAAUGUAACGACCAGGACGAAAGCGGCAGUGAGGACCGAGAUGAGGGUAUGGAGGUCACGAUGUGA